AUGUUUGGCGUGGCCUCGAAGUUGCUGGUCUUUGCUGCUGCUUGGAAGCAAAGCCAGGCUCAAUUCAAUAACCCACCAGGGGUCGACAUUUGGUGCGGGAAGGCGUAUCGUGCAACCAAUGCAUCCUUUAAUCCUGGGGGCUGGUUCGAAGAGCCAGAGAAGUCCAGCGUGCCCUUGCUCAAUUUCAAGAUUCAACCACGCAUGAAUUUAUACCUCGAUGGCGAAGAUACCGGGGCUUUGCUCAUCGAUGCCACUAUCUCCGACCUGGUCGGCCAACCUUUCCCGUCAACCAAUGGCUCGUUUUCGUCAAACGGCGGAGCAGAGCUUCGAGUUGAUGUCUCUAUAGAUGGAAACUCUUCUGUCUUGGUUGAAAAAUCCACCGUCAAGAUCGGCGACAGUGUAGAAAUACCCUUCGAUCUGUCCGGGUUUGCUGCUCGUUUUGAGCCUUACAACAUUACAGCGGUAGCCACUUUAGAGCACAACGAAACCACCUCCUUCACGGCCCACACCCAGGUCACGAAGCUCCCUCUCCGAACAGACAACGGCACGGUGACACGCAUCGACAACCUGUACGGUGGCCUCUCGGUCCGACGCGGAUCCUCCCCGGACUGGCAGCCCAUCUUCCCCUACACGUACUACGUGCAGUGGUCGCUAUACUGGCACUCCAACGUCUCCACUCUCGACGAAUUCUCAGCACUGGGCUACAACCUCAUCCACAUCGUCCCCACGGGCGACCUCGGCCUCACGCCCUUCCCCUGGGACCUAUUCCAGCCCUACCUCGACCGCGCCGCCGAGCUGGGCCUCUACCUGCAAUACGACGUGCGCUGGGAGCCAUCCAACCUCACCACGAUGCUCGACCAAGUCGCACACCUGCACUCCCACCCAUCCCUCCUCCUCUGGUACACGGGCGACGAGCCGGACGGCAAGUCGAACCCGCUGGGCAGCACGGCGGCGGCGCGCGCCGCCAUCCGCGCGCUCGACCCCUACCACCCGGUGUCGCUGGCGCUCAACUGCUACGACUUCCACUACGCCGACUACGCCGCCGGCGCCGAGAUCAUCCUGUCCGACGUGUACCCCGUCUCGACCAACACGUCGUGGUCGACCGUGUACGAGACGCCGUGCAACGCGACGUACGGCUGCUGCGGCUGCGACGACUGCACCGGCGCCUUCGAGGACGUGUCGAACCGCCUCGACGUUUUCGCGCGCCGCGACGAAAUCCUGGGAUUGAGCAGCGCCAGGGUGCACUGGGGCGCGCCGCAGGCGUUUGGUAAUGAGACGUUCUGGACCCGCUACCCGUCGGCGGCGGAGGAGGUGGUGAUGAACGUCCUCAGCGUCAACCACGGCGCUAAGGGCAUCGUCAUGUGGAACUUUCCCGUGACCGAGGACAUCCUCGAGGUUACGAACAGGCUGGCCGCGGUGUUGACGGGCGAGGCGGUGGCCGAUUACCUGAUCGGUCGGCCGCUGACGAAAGGGUUGGAGGUGAGCGGAGCGAGCAGGAUUGAUGCUGCGGCGUGGGUGGAUGAGGAGGCGGUGUUGGUGAGCGUGGUGAACCUGAAUUAUGGGAAUGUUGCGGGUGACGUCAAGGUCAAACUACCCGAGGGGGUGGAAGUGGAGGCUGUGCAGGAGAGCGUGUGGGGAGAUGCGACGUGGAGCACCGAUGGCAACUCGCUCUCCAUCCCGGCGCUGAAGGGCUUGGAGGUUUCAAUGCUAGUAUUGAAGCGCGUUAUUUGA